AUGAGAUUGAUGCAGGUUGGUAACGCAAGUAAGAUAUCCGUAGCUGCGAGGGCGUCUGGAGCUGCAGAGACUGUGAUUGUCAUCGACUUGGCAUUGUCUCCGUCAUCGAGCCCCGAAGCGCCGUGCGAACCAAACUCUACGGCAGUGCUUCGUCGUCGCGCUCAGGAGGAAAGCAUCGCGCAGGUCCGCCAUGACGUUGAGGAGAAGAGCAUUGCGCAGGUCCGCCGUCAAGUUCAGGAGGAGAGCGUCGCGCAGAUCCACCGUCAAGUUCCGGAGGAGAGCGUCGAGCAAGUCCGCGCAUUCUCUCGAGUGGGAAGUGUGUUUCGAAGGCUGCUCGUCGACUAUCCAAGCGACGAAGAGUCUGAGCAGGAAGGUAAGUCUUGCUCUCGCGAGCUGCUACCCCAUCCUCAGUUGAGCGCUGCUGGACCAGCACCGCCUGCCAUGGCAAUCGAAGGUGUCCGUAGCACACAGUCAUCACAAUCCUCCGAGUACGUUCACAGCCCAUCGGAGUCGCAGGAGGAUCCUGCCUACCAAACCAACGUCGUGACUGGAGACCUCGUCGAUCGUGCCGAGCAAUGCCAUACCAGAAUCCUCGUCAGCUAG